AUGCGCGCUUCCGUCAGCUGUCCGCGCCGGUGCUGAGCGGAGGGAAGCUGCAACAUGGCGGCGUCCGUUGGCAGCUUGCGGCGCGUCGUUAAGCGAGCGACGGUCCCGGCUUUGGUGGUGGUUCUGGGGGCCACCGGCACCGGGAAGUCCAAGCUGGCGAUCGAGAUCGGGAAGCGACUUCAGGGAGAGAUAGUCGGCGCCGACUCCAUGCAGGUGUACCAGGGCCUCGACAUCAUCACCAACAAGGUGACGGCGGAGGAGCGCGCCCAGUGCAGACAUCACAUGAUCGGCUUCGUGGACCCGCUGGCCAGCGGCUACACGGUGGUGGACUUCAGGAACAAAGCCCUGGCUCUCAUCAACGACAUGCACGGCAGAAACAAGCUGCCGGUCGUUGUCGGAGGAACAAACUAUUACAUCGAGUCUCUGCUGUGGAAAGUCCUGCUGAAUACAGCGCAGGAGAUCGAGGCGCCGGCGGACGGAGGAGACGAGGCUCCAAACAGGAAGUUGGCGCUGGAGAAACUGGGAGGAGCCGAGUUACAUAAACGACUGGCGGAGGUCGACCCCGGAAUGGCGGCCAUGUUGCACCCCAAUGACAAACGCAAAAUAGCCAGGAGUCUUCAAAUCCACGAGGAGACGGGCGUCUCCCACACCCGCUGGCUGGAGGAGCAGCGGGGCCAGGAGGGGGCCGAUGGGCUGGGGGGCCCGCUGAGAUACCCAGACCCCUGCAUCUUCUGGCUGCACGCCGACAUGGCGGCUCUAGACAAGCGGUUGGACGCUCGCGUAGACGACAUGCUGUCCGCCGGACUCGUAGAGGAGCUCAGAGACUUCCACGUCCGCCACAACGAGCAGAAGCUCCGGGACGACAGUCAGAACUACCAACAUGGGAUUUUCCAGUCCAUCGGCUUCAAGGAGUUUCACAAUUACCUGACCGCUCCUGAAGGCAUCACGCAGCAGGAGAAAGACGCGCUGCGAGACAAAGGUGUCGAAGCCUUGAAGAUCGCCACGAGACGCUACGCCCGCAAACAGAAUAAAUGGGUCCGUAACCGCUUCCUUAAACGGCCGGGGCACGGCGUGCCGGCGGUGUACGGUCUGGACGUGACGGACGUGUCGCGGUGGGAGGACUCGGUGCUGACCCCUGCACUGCAGGUCCUGGACAGCCUGAGCAAGGGGGAGGAGCCAGCUCUUCAGCCAAUCAGAGUCGAGGGGGAGCAGCAGAGAAACAAGCGGAGCCGCCACUCGUGUGACUUGUGUGACAAGGUGAUCAUCGGGGACCUGGAGUGGACAGCUCACCUGAAGUCCAAAAAGCAUCACCAUCACGCGAGGAAGAGGAGAAAGUCGGACUCCGCCGCCUGCGACCAAUCGCAGGCCGCCGUGCAACGCGCCUCCCGGGAGUCGCCCCGAGACGGCGAGGCCUCGCGCCAGGAAGAACCCGUCCCGUCUCCAGAGUGACGCGACCCUCUGGACCGCCUGCCUGCAGCUCUCUGCCCUCACAGCCGUCUUACAGGCCUUUGAGCUGAACUUCCUCUUUGAGCUUCUUAUUCGCCGGCGUGCCAAGAACAGGACCGACCUCCUCGCUGCAGAUGCAGGACUUGAUCACUUUUUAUAGAUGUAUAAUUUUGUCGGAGAUGGGGCGGUUUACCGGUUUCAUUACUUGUGUGACUUUCAACCUUUUCCAUAAACAAACGCAUCCGCUUUCCCCCCCAAAAAAUAUGCUUUCUUAAGAUUUAUCAUCCCUGACAUUAGCAGUAAGAGAGAAUAUCGGGUUAUUUAUAAUGUUUUGAGUGGAGUAGCUCUUUUUAAUUUGGAAACAUCCCCCCCACCCCGCUCAAAAAAUACAUGAACAUCCAAUGAAGCGGUCGUCUCGCCCCCCCGAGCGGAGACGGAGGAGAUCAGGAAUAUUCAAGGUCCUGGACUCUAAAGUGUAAAUGAUUCUUUUCUUUGUUGUUAUACAAGAAGUUUAUUUUUAAAUCAACUUUCAUCCUGUUGCUGCCUCCUGUUUAAGUUUCUUUGUCUCAAACCGUCUAAACAACGUGUCAAUAAACCAGGACGACCUCA